AGAGGAGGAGAGCUCGCUCCUCCCUUCACGAGCCCGUCCCCGCUGCUCCUCAGCGAACUCAGGCUCAUUCACGUGGUAAGGAGGUGUGCUGCGCGAGCGCUGCCCCGGUGCUCACCCGGCUGCACGAGACUCUACGAUGUGCAUCAGUCACGCCGCUCUCGGUCCACACCACCGCCGGUGCCUAGCAAACGCCAGACCACCGUUCCUGCGUGUUGCGCUGCGCUGCAUCCGAGCCGUCGGACAUCCGGUCGGACCGGAGCGCGCGUGUGUCCACGCGUGCCGCGCGGCUCGCGUGCUCACUUUUCUGAUGGGACACCACGCGUGAAGAGCGACCGCGUGAGGUCAGGAGGGAGGGAGGGAUGUCCGCCGGCGCGAACAGGACCAACAUGACGGCGGAGAGCCGCGGCGUCGGGGACCCGGCUGAAGGCGACUGGCGCGUCCUGUUCGUCGCGUGCCUGACGCUCGCCGCGGUCAUCUGCGCGGGCGGCCUCUUCUCGCUCGCGUCGCUGCUCAGGACGAGGAGCAGGUCCGCCACGUGCCUCAUCGUGGCCUCGGUGUCGGUGGACGACCUGAUCUGCGUGGUGCCCCUGUGCCUCGCCAUGGUGUUGCAGUGGAGGAGAGGCAGCGAGGCGGCGGACGAGGCAAAUGACGGCGCCGUGUGCACCUGGACUGGUCUCCUGUUCGUCUUCCAGGGGCUCUCGACUAACAUGAAGGCGUGCCUGGUCGUGGCGCACGCACUGUACGCGACCAAGCGCGGCGAGGAGGAGGAAGACGACGGAGGAAGAGGAAGAGGACGCGGCCGCGUGCUGGGCGCGCUCGCGGCGGUGUGGGCGCUGAGUCUAGCGGUAAGCGCGCUGCCCAUGUGCGGUUUGGGUCGCUUCGCCCGCGCCCCACUCGCCUGCCUGCCGCGCGGCGACGGCCCUUACGCACCGCUCCUGUUCGCGCUGUACGCGCUGUGUGCCGGCGGACUCGCCGUGUGCGCAGCGCCGCUGGCGCACCGUCUCCUGUGCUCCGCCGAGGCUCUCCAUCCCGGCGCCUUCGCCUCGUUAUCUCGGGAGAGCUUAGACAGGAGUUUCGUGGCGCUCGGCUCCCAUGCGACGGGGCUCAGGGGCAAAACCGAGACGUGCUCGUGCUCGUCCCCCGCCAGCGAGCUGCGCUUCGGUACCGACGAUGCGCGCCGCUGCCCGGCCGCCAGACUCUUCGCGCAGAAACGCUUCUCACUGAUUCUGGCCAUAACGCGCGUGCUCCUCUGGAUGCCCAUGAUGACGCAGAUCCUCGUCAGCCAUAUUGUGCGGACGCACAGUUCGUCUGUGGAGACGCUGUGUUUCUUCCUGACCUUGCUCUCGGCCACUGUUACCCCAGUGUUUUGUCUCUCAGAGCGCUGGGCUCAUCUUCCCUGCGGCUGUUUCAUCAACUGCGGUCAGGACGUCAACUCAGUCUCCUCCGCUAUGCACAAACGGAGGUUCGAAUUCAACCUCUCCUUCCAGCAAGGGUACGGCAUUUACAAGAUACCUCACACACCCUCCCCGACCGUGGAGAAGCCCUGCUACAGCAGUCUUUACGAUCACGAUUUCUCCAAAAGUCGAGUAGCGAUUCUAAGCAGCGGACAAAUUACAAAUCUGGCCUCACGUGACUUUAGGAAGAUGGUGGUGGAAGAGGAGGAGGACUGCUCCCUCCACGACAAGCUCCUCUCGGACAGCGUGUCGCAGCAGGUGAGAACAGAAGCUCCGGAGCAGCUGAACUCCGUGGAGCAGGACGCUUUCGGAAAGGUGUCCCCAGCUGUCUCAGGCUGUGACGGGGAAGACCUGAACCUGGACACUUCUUCAGUUUUCGAUGGUCCAGAGAGGAGGCUGUCACACGAGGAGUGUCGCAAGAUUGAGCUGACCGACUGGGAAUGGUGCCGAAGCAAAUCGGAGAGAACACCGAGACAGAGAUCUACAGGCGGAUUGGCGAUCCCUCUUUGUGCCUUUCAGGGCACGGUGUCCCUCCAUGCACCCACAGGCAAAACGCUCUCCCUGUCCACCUAUGAGGUAAGCAGUGACGGCCUCAAGAUCUCCCCCAACAAUGCCAAAAAGGUCGAGGUGUACCGCUCCAAAUCGGUGGGCCACGAGCCCAGUGCGGAAGAGUCGAACUCCGGAAGCGGGGGUGGUGGAGGUGUAGCCGACACCAACGUGAAGAUCCACCUGGAAGUUCUGGAGAUCUGUGACAACGAAGAGGCCAUGGACAGCGUUUCCAUUGUGUCCAACAUCAGCCAGUCCUCGACGCAUGCGCGCUCUCCAUCGUUGCGGUACUCUCGCCGUGAAAACCGCUUCGUAUCGUGUGAGCUGGGAGAGACAGCCUCGUACUCUUUGCUGAUCCCCGGUUCCAGCCCGGAUACUGAUGGACUUAACAUACACAUCCCAGAUACAGUCGAGGCGCACCGGCAAAACAGCCGACGCCAACGGAGUGAGGCAGGAGGCUACCGGGAGGAGAUCCAGCUCCUUAAUGAGGUCUACAAGAAGCAGGAGGGGGAAAUGGACAAGUAGUAUUAGCAGAUCCUUAAAGACUUCGCUAGUGCUGACUGAAAAGGGUUGAACGUCAGGAUUGAACGAAGAAAAAAAAUUUUAGAAGUCA